AUGGCUUCUAGCCUCCCAGCUCCGACUCCAAAGAACCGCGUGGAAAAGCGUGGGCGACAAGCCCGAACUGCUCUGACCUGCGCAAAUUGUCGGAUUCGUAAGACAAAAUGUGAUGGCAGGCAACCGAGCUGCAAGACAUGCGAGGUGUACCACGAUACCUGCCGCUAUGAAAAGAUCCCGCCGUUGUCUCACAUUCUGUCAAUGGCCAGAAAGCUCCAGGAAUAUGAACAACUGAUCGGAGAGCUCAGGCAAGGGUCGACACCGUCUGAUGACCCGGCAUCCAGGGCCUCAUUCGUCGAGGUGGCGCGAGAUUCUCAUGUUCGGGGGGUUACAGGGGAAAUGUCCCCUACGCAAGUCCCUGCGCCGACGACUCCUCCAGUCGCGGAUCCUGAACCAAGGGCUGUAGCUGCUGGAGCCGUUCCAGGGGCUCAAAUCUCAGAUCUAAGCAUUGACGAACACGGUCGGCUGUGCUACCACGGUCCUACGUCUGCUGUACACGACCCUUCUCGAGUAGAGGAACCAUCUGCUUCCGUUACGCUGGAAGAUACUCCUCGAUCCGAUGCAGACGUACGCAGAUUCCUAAGGACCAGAGCUUCAGAACUGAGGUCGCUUGAGGAUUUCUCAGUGGGCAAUGCUGCUCUCCAGAUCGAUAUACCCAAAGAGCUCGUUUCCAAAAUGCUACAGCUGCAUUGGGCAUGGAUAGCCCCAAUGUUCUUGUGGGUUUACAGGCCUGCUUUCAUGAGGGAUAUGGCCUCAGGUGGUCAAUACUGCUCGCAAUUACUCGUCACUGUUCUCUGUGCCCAUUCGUCUCGAUUUCAAGGUGGCGAACUCGGGAAGAUGCUCAUCUCUCGAGCCCGUCUCCUUCUCGGAGGCGAGAUACAGAAGCCUAGCUCUAUCCCAACCGCGCAGGCAUUGCUCCAGCUGAGUGCUCGCGAGCUUGCCUAUGGAGCGACAUCUCAGGCCUGGCUGUACAGCGGUAUGGCUUUUCGGAUGGUGAGCGACCUUGGCCUUCACCAUAGCAAUGGCCGCGAGUCCAAUCUGAGUCACUUGACGGUCGAAGAUCUAGAAAUCCGGAAGAGACUUUUCUGGUCAUGCUACUUCUGGGAUAAAGCCAUCAGUCUAUAUCUUGGUCGGAUGCCUACAUUGACUGAUUUACCCUCGGACCAUGCCCCCACCCUCUUUGAUGACCACACAGAAGACGAAUUCUGGGUACCGUACUACGGGGAUUCAGGACACUUCGGCUCCAUCCCGGUUCAUGAUUACCCUCGUCAAAAGGCACACUCCAUAUCGUGCUUUGAGAAUUCAUGCAAGCUUGCCAUCAUUAUCAACGACAUCAUGGUGCAGUUGUACUCGCAUCGCCCGUCUUCCAGCACAGAACAGGCGCUUUCGGCGCUUCAGAGACGAUUGGAUUACUGGCGAGCUGCAUCUCCCUCUCAUUUGAAAUACGAUGGCGACAAUGCACCCCUUGUAUGCCCGCCGCCUCAUAUUCUUGCUCAAAACCUUCUCUACUAUAGUACCAUCAUCCUACUUCACCGCCCAUUUAAUUUGAAUUUUGCACACCAUGAGGCAUGCCGGAAAGCUUCCAAUAACAUCGAGAGCCUUCUUCUCGUGCUCGAAAAAACGUUUGGAUUCACGCGGCUGACAUAUCUCAUGGCGUACUGUGUUUAUACCGGUGCGUCUGCUAUUAUAAAAGACGUCAGAGGUGGUGAUGUGGAGGCAAGUUCGCGUAUGGGAACAUUUCAGCGCGCUCUUCAGGGAGCUCUCAGCACCUGCCCACUCGUUCAAAGAAGCCUUGACAUUAUCAACAACGGCUUGCGAUCACCUGAACGUAAUCAAUCUAGAUCCCUCAACAGCGCUGUUGAGACCGAACCGCAACAGUAUCUGCCUGCCUUCCCAAACCAUGAUUUCCUUCUCGAUGUCGAUCAAUGGGAGUCUCGCGGAUCUCUUGACAUCAACAGUUUUCCAUUUCUAGACUGCUUCCCAGAAAACCACAUUGACACAGAGAUAGGCGACUGGUGUCUCCACGUCUAA